AUACUGGAAUACGGGUGAGUGGUAAGGGAAACCACCGGAAGGAAAAGUGGCAUUUUUCUUCCUUUUUCUCCUCCGUCUCUUCUUAGAAUCCGUCCAUUUAUUUCCCUCUUUCAGCCGACCUAUUCGCUUGCCUGAUCUCCGGAAUGGCUUCCGCUGUGAUCCGCCUUGUACGCCGGCCCGCCGCCGCUCUACUCAUUGCAAGAAGUUGUAGACAUGUCCGGCAAUUAAGCCAUCAUAUGCUUCCAGGUGGCUUGGUGUGCUCGAAGCCUGCGAGUGAAAAUUGCAGGGAACUUACAAUGCUGCUCCCAAGGGCCUCUCCUUAUCAAAUGUGGAGUAGGUCAUUUGCUUCUGAGAAUGGUGACUUGGUCGAUGCUGUUGUUCCCUUCAUGGGUGAAUCUAUUACUGAUGGAACUUUAGCUACCUUCUUGAAAAAACCUGGUGAUAGGGUUGAAGUUGAUGAACCGAUUGCCCAGAUUGAGACUGAUAAGGUGACUAUUGAUGUAAAUAGUCCUGAAGCUGGAAUUAUCCAAAAGUUUGUAGCCAAGGAAGGUGAUACUGUGACACCUGGAACUAAGGUUGCUGUGAUAUCCAAGUCUUAUCCUAGCGACACACAUGUUGCCCCAUCAGAUGAUAAAGUGGUCAAAGAUGCUCAACCACCAUCACCUCCUACUGGUGCUCCCCAGCCAACUCCUCCAACAGAGAAGAUUGACAAACAAGUGCUUAAGGAAGAAGGUUCUACCAAAGAAAAGCCUAAAGUACCCUCAGCUGCAACCCUCCCCAAAACCUCACCUUCAGAACCUCAGUUACCUCCCAAGGAAAGGGAAAGACGAGUUCCAAUGCCUAGGCUUAGAAAAAGGGUGGCUACACGUUUGAAGGAUUCUCAGAACACAUUUGCAAUGUUAACUACCUUCAAUGAAGUUGACAUGACAAAUCUGAUGAAGCUUCGGUCUGAAUAUAAAGAUGCCUUUGUAGAAAAGCAUGGUGUGAAGUUGGGUCUCAUGUCAGGUUUUGUUAAGGCUGCUGUUUCUGGACUCCAAAACCAGCCAAUCAUAAAUGCAGUCAUCGACGGGGAUGAUAUUAUAUAUAGAGACUAUGUUGAUAUCAGUAUAGCUGUUGGCACACCAAAGGGCCUUGUGGUUCCAGUUAUCAGGAAUGCUGGUAGGUUGAAUUUUGCGGGGAUAGAGAAAGAGAUCAAUAACCUCGCAAAGAAGGCAAACAAUGGGACAAUAUCAAUUGAUGAGAUGGCUGGAGGCACAUUUACGAUUUCCAAUGGAGGAGUCUAUGGGAGUCUUUUGAGCACACCUAUAAUCAACCCCCCACAAUCUGCCAUCUUAGGCAUGCACUCCAUAGUGUCCCGUCCGAUGGUGGUCGAUGGUAACAUUAUUCCGAGGCCGAUGAUGUAUGUUGCUCUGACUUAUGAUCAUCGGCUGAUCGACGGUAGAGAGGCUGUAUUCUUCCUGCGACGCAUCAAGGAUGUGGUUGAAGAUCCUCGCCGGCUGCUUCUCGACUUAUAGGCACAUUCAAUACGGACAGCAGUAUAUCUUCUUUUUCUGUCACUGAAUAAUUUCCGCUUGAAACCAAAAUUUUGAUAGGCACAGCGUGUUUUGUCUUUUAAUGCAAGUUCGGUGGCAGGUCUGUUCCUGACCAACGAAGUGCAUGAUGGCUUUCAUAACUGUUGAAAUUAAGUUGUAUUAUUUGAACUUGUCAAUGAAUUUGGAUUCAGCAAUCA